AUCACGCGGAUCGGCUCCGAACGUCGGCUGGGAUCGCAGCCUUUAAAACUUAAGCGAUGACCAAAUGUGUGCGACCGUGAUAGAACUUUCAAGCACCGUGGUCAUGUUCUGAGAUGCCUGAUGCAUGCCGCAAAGUUUAACACUCCGCAGCUCGCGACCGCGAUGCGCCGGAUGUGCCAGUUUUGGAUGUUUCGGCGAGCGCUUCACGGGAAAAUUCAUCGCGAGCUCGAGAACGAGUAUUUCCACGAAGUUCUGGAGAGGCAGCCCGACCUGAAGCACAGUGUGAUGACGCAGCCAAACAGCGACAGCGUACGCAAAUUGCUUAGAGCUUCUCUCCCUACGGUAGACGACGCCGUACGUCGUUUCGUCGAGCUUUCCGUGCACACGGACGAGCGUAUCUCAUGUAUCGAAAAUAAAGAGCACAAACCGAUUAUAGAGACUGUAGUUGCCAGCUUGCCUGCCGUAUCCAACGAUGGCUUAAGGUGUGCUCUUGCAGGUCUUUGCUUGUGGCCACAGACGGAGUCGACCACAACUCCGCAUUUUAAGCAGCUGUGGAACGCGCUUGACAAUGAGUGUAGCGCACGGUGUUCUCUAUGGGACAAACAUCGCCAGCUUCUGCUGGCUGACUGUUUCUAUCAUCUGCGGCUCAGCAGGAUCUCAAAGUACAACAGAACCAUGCUUAAUAUUGUUGGGCGCUCGAUCACCAAACUAACGCCCCGAGAAUUGAUUCAAUACUUAUACUUCACGAACCUGCAGCGGCGGAUGGUGCGAAAAAUCAAGCCCGCCAUUGAGGGAAGGCUUCUGUCAUCUUUUGACGUGCUCAGUGUUGCUGAAAUUGGAUUGGUGUGUCAAAGCUUUUUCAAGUCUCAGGAAGUAAUCGAAGACAAACGGCUUAUGGCACGGAUCGUGAAAUCGUUUGAAGAAAAUGUAGUGGAAGCGGACAGUAUCUUGAUUGGAGCAGUAGCAAAGGCACUUCGUUACAGCCGGGCUGCUCAUGACACAUCUGUUUGGGAUAAGGCUCUGAUAGCCUGCGAGCCUGCUGUAGCCAAGUGGGCGCCAGCCACAGUGGCGCAUGUAAUGGCACUGGCAACUGCACUCAAGAGCUACCACCCUGUUCUCCUGGACACUGCCUUGCAGCACUUAAUGGCAGAGAUAACAACUGUUCGGUUGAAGGAAAUCACAAGGACACUGAAAGCUGUAGCGCUGUUCAACCAUAACCCUGAAGGGUUUGAUUACAAAUCUGUAUUACAUGAGCUGUCGAGCCCACAUAGGAAGGCAGAAAUUGAACUUCAUCAUCACACAUUUGUGUCAGCACUGUGGUAUCUGGCAGUUCUGGGCAUAUACUCUGCGGACUUGCUGCUUGUGGCAAUGAAUGACGAUCGCAUGCAUGGGAGUUGCAAACACAAGGACGUUAGCUUCCAUGCGGAGGCACUUCAGAGCUCUGUGCAGAUUGAACUCCCCCGGUACACUGGACCAUUUCUGAGCCUGCAGGUACUCAAGAGCUUACAGACAGAGCGCCAUAUCAAGGGGCGUGACAUUGAUGAAGGAACAAAAGGGUUGGUCUACACAGAGCAAGUUACUCUAGAAGUUGUAAAUCGCCUGCAGACCCAGUUCGGCGACGUGUGCACUAUCAAGCGUACUCUUCUGCACCAUCACUACCCUGACAUUUUGCUUUGUGUUGAACAGGAAGGAAAGUUGAAACCGUCAAAAUGCGAGUUGCAGCUUGCCAGUGGUGUAUGGAAACCAUGCAAAAGUGGCACAAAAGUUGCUUGUGCUGUUGUUGUGCACGGGCCAGGGUCGUACUGCACUAAUACUAACAAGCUGUUGGGCAUCGAGAUCAUGAAGUUGCGUCAGUUGCGCCAUGUGGGAUAUAAGGUAAUAGAAGUGCCUCAUUUUCUCCUGUCGCAAAUGUCAAGGAUUGCAUUUGACUCCUGGAUUGAGCAGCAAUUACAGGUUCAACGUGCAACUGUAGAACUUUCAGAAUCUUCUACAAUAAAAGGGGUUUUAUAGACCAUGCAAUUAAA